CAUUCUGAAUGGAUAUUGAAAGAGAAAUGUCUACCCUGAAUUGAUGCAUAAACUCUGAGAAUCUGAAAAACUGUUUGCAGAGUUACAGUGGCUUUAAUAAAUACAUCCAUGUUGACACACACCCAUAAAUAUACAUCCCUUCAGUUUCAUUGCUCACAGGGUUCCUUCAUAGCACUGCCAGAAGUCCUUAAGAAAAAGUAAUUUGCUUUUCUGAAGCAAAUUCAGAAACUAAGUCCAUAACUGCCCUGAGGAAAAUGCAGUAGCCUGUCUCUGAGCAAACUUUAUGCAAGUUUUCUCUUUUAAAAAGUGCCAUUAGAAGUCCUCGCUCAGCACUUCUUUUACAAAUAAUUCUUAAAAAGUAAAACUGCCCCUAUGGCACAAUGAUUUCUAGACUGUUUUUUCUGCUUUUCUUUCCUCCCCCACACUCAAUAUAUAAGCAAGAUAAAUUGCUACAGAACCUGCAGUUCCUUUUACAGCACUAGAGAGCAGAAGAUUUAACAGCAAAGCCAAAAGAAGUCUCAAAAUGCGUGAUCCCCAAUUUAUCUUCUGUUCCCAUCCCAGCACCAAUGAAGACAUAGUGAGUCUGCCAACCCUGGGAGUAAUGCAAUAACUCUUGGUACAAAAACUUGUAAACUAACAAGAACACUGAGAAAUGUGACUCUUCACAGCCUCAAUGGUCUUUUAUGAACAAUAAAGAUCUUAAUAACAAGCUGUGCAAAUAAUAAAGUCUCUGAUGUUUGUGAUUUAUGAGAGAUCAGCAAAUCACAGGAGGACCAGAAAGGUUUCUGGUGCUUUGAUGAGCAGGCUGAUAGUUCUGCCCCUUCCCCAUGGACAAGUACAGAACCAUAUUUACAAACAGGCUUGAGCAUAUUUCUGCCAAAGCACUGAUGGGAAGUAGGGGGGUUAUUUGUGCUCAGGUUUUUGCAUUUCAGACAGGAACAUUCUGCUCUGCCUGGACUGAACUAAUUAAGGGCUAAUUGACUGUCUAGCACCUAUAAAGAGAUAAUUCACCCACGCCAUCUCCCACUGGAAACUGCAAUGACUAUAGGCAUAGAAAGGAUUGUUUAUUUAGUGGUCAGCAUAAGACACUCAUAAGUAUUUGUUAGUAAGAGCAGAAAGAGGGCAGAUGAGGACGUGGAUGUUUUUAAUGGAUGAUUAAAUCUGGGUAGCUUGAUCUCCUUUCCUGCUGUGGAUGUUGUGUGCUGCAGUCACGCCUCUCACUGCCAGCCUGCACUGGGAUGAUAAUCACUCACUAUGAAAACUCAUUAGCUCCACAGCAAUGAGCCCUCCACUGCUGAAGCUUGGUGCUGUUCUUAGUACCAUGGCAAUGAUCUCUAACUGGAUGUCCCAAACUCUCCCUUCUCUGGUAGGACUAAAUACCACCAGAAUAACCACUUCAGACUCUCUAACUCAGAUUAGCCCCAAGGAAGGGUGGCAAGUUUAUAGUUCAGCCCAGGAUCCUGAUGGCCGUUGCAUUUGCACUGUUGUUGCACCUGAACAAAACCUGUGUUCGAGAGAUGCCAAAAGCAGGCAGCUCAGACAACUACUAGAGAAGGUUCAGAACAUGUCCCAGUCUAUUGAAGUUUUAAAUCUACGGACUCAGAGGGAUUUCCAGUAUGUUUUAAAAAUGGAGACGCAAAUGAAGGGGCUGAAGGCCAAGUUCCGGCAGAUUGAAGACGAUCGGAAGACGUUAAUGACAAAGCACUUCCAGGAGCUGAAAGAAAAGAUGGACGAGCUUCUGCCACUGAUCCCAGUUCUGGAACAAUACAAAACUGAUGCCAAGUUGAUCACACAGUUCAAGGAGGAAAUCAGGAAUCUGUCUACUGUGCUCACUGGGAUUCAGGAAGAAAUUGGUGCUUAUGACUAUGAGGAACUACACCAGCGUGUAGUCAAUUUAGAAACCAGGCUUCGUGACUGCAUGAAAAAGCUCACAUGUGGCAAAUUGAUGAAAAUUACAGGCCCCAUUACAGUGAAGAUAUCUGGAACCCGAUUUGGAGCCUGGAUGACAGAUCCACUGGCAUCAGAGAAGAAUAACCGAGUCUGGUACAUGGAUAGUUACACCAACAAUAAAAUUGUCCGUGAAUACAAAUCCAUCGCAGACUUCGUCAGUGGGGCUGAAUCAAGGACAUACAACCUUCCAUUCAAAUGGGCAGGAACCAACCACGUUGUCUACAAUGGCUCCCUCUAUUUCAACAAGUACCAGAGCAACAUCAUCAUCAAGUACAGCUUCGACACGGGGCGGGUGCUGGCGCAGCGUAGCCUGGAGUACGCUGGCUUCCACAACGUCUACCCUUACACCUGGGGGGGCUUCUCUGAUAUCGACCUGAUGGCAGAUGAAAUUGGGCUGUGGGCUGUCUAUGCCACCAAUCAGAAUGCAGGCAACAUUGUCAUCAGCCAGCUGAACCAGGAUACGCUGGAGGUACUGAAGAGCUGGAGCACGGGCUACCCAAAGAGAAGUGCUGGAGAAUCCUUCAUGAUCUGUGGCACCUUGUAUGUCACUAACUCGCACUUAACAGGAGCCAAGGUCUACUACUCCUACUCCACAAAAACCUCCACUUAUGAGUACACAGACAUUCCUUUCCAUAAUCAGUAUUUUCAUAUAUCCAUGCUUGACUACAAUGCAAGAGAUAGAGCUCUCUAUGCCUGGAAUAAUGGACAUCAAGUCCUGUUUAACGUCACCCUUUUCCACAUCAUUAAAACUGAGGAUGACACAUAAUUUUAUUUCCCUUAUCCCUCCCUCCCUCAAAGCAGUCUCAUUUGUGAUUAACUCUAAAAGCAUCCAUCUCUCUCAGUUCCUUUUAAUUUACGUUUCUUUCUUCAUUAAACAAAAGCAACAUUUUCUACUAUGUAAUGCAUCUCAAAUAUGGCUGAAUCUGUCAAAAAUGAUCUGUCAGAAAUAAAAAGCAUCUUAACUCAUGAUUUUGCAAGGUCUGUCAAGACCUUGUCUUGAAAAGCACUAAAGAGGAUUUAAAUGGCUAAAGACAGUUUUUAAAAGAUUAUGAUCUGCCUUAUUUUAGAGUCAGAGACUAAUGGUGGCUUAAAUGCAUGAAUGUCUUUUUUUACCUCAUUUUUUGUUUUAAUAUAUUGCUUAACUUCAGGAAAUAUUUCAGUAGUGUCGGACACAUAUUGCACAUUGUAUUUUUUUAUUUAUUCCGAAAAACAGAUUUAGUAGGAAUUUCAUUUUCUUAGACAAGGCUGUGAUUCAUUUUGCCAUCAUCCAAUUUCAGAUGUGGUGCUGUACAGUAUGUUUUUAAAUCUCUUGCAAACAUUUUAUCAACAGUAUGUAUUUCUACCAUUGUAACCACCAUUGUGCAAUUGUAUCUCUUCACUUAUGUGAAAGUAAACUAAGUACUAUUUUUUAUAAAAUAUAUUGAAGCUUAAUUGCAGUUCUGGCUAUGAGUCAAUUGAAUGUGGUAAAAAUCUGAUAAAAGGUUGUUAUUUCUGAGAAAGACCAGUAGCUUCUCAGAUGCAUGAUUUCUAUUAUCAGCUUUGCUUCCUAGAUCCCCUCUUCACCAAUGCUGCUUACUGACAUAUUUGCAACUUUGAAGCUUCCAUAAUUGUUUGCUCUGCCCAGUUUUUACCUCCUGCUGCUGGCUUCUCUCUCUCUCUCUCAGUCUUUUUCUCCUACUUUCUUCCCUUCCACCAUUUGACUGCCCUUGUUUAUGCUUAUCCCUGCUGUGAACUUUACAAGCCAGAAGCUGGAAGGAGCUGGUGCCCACCAGCUGAGAGUGGGAGUGCAUCCCAUGUUUGUGCUGCUCUGGGGCCCUGAGGAGCAGUGGUAAAAGCCAAGCUGCUCUCCAUCUGCCUGUCUUCUUAUUCAUAAUAGGAGAACAUUUAUCUGUUGACAAAACUCUUCUCUGGGAUGGCAGUAAUCACAGAAAAUACACCAGGGAGGCUGCAAAGCCCAGAUGAUCAGUGUGGCCCCUGGUAUUCACCAAAGUUCUUGUUAGGGAGCAACAUUGAGACCAAGCUCUUGCAAAGAGGUUUGCGGCUUGCUGGCAGUCGAAUUGCUACACCCAAACUGAUGCCUUCAAGAAACAAAUAUUUCUGAAAACUCUGGGGGUUGCUGUACUAUCUCAUUAGAAACUGGGGGGCAGGGAAAGGUGUGCAUAAUUGAGAAAAAAGGUAUGAGGUGCUAUGUAUCUCUUUUGGCAAAAGUAGAAAGAAAUUAAGCACUAGUAAUCAGACUUUUUUAAUAGCUGGGCUCUAACAUAAUGGUCAAAGACAGGUACCUGAAAAAUUCUGUGAAUUCUGUGUUCCUCACACAAUCUGAGCUUCUAUUUUUUAUAUCCUUUGCAAUUGAAAAGCCAGAUAUUUUAUUUGCUGGUUCUUCUAAUGUACCAGCUGAGAUCACCUAAAGUCUCAUUAAUGUUUUCAUUCUUAUAAAUGUAUGUGUCUAUAUAUGUUUACAAAUAUGCUUUACAAUACAAGCCCAUGUGAAGCUGAACAAAUUGCCUUAUUUUUCAUACCAGUUGCAAAACAAAAAAAUGCUAAUAAGUUUUCAAAAACUGAUAAAGGAGGCAAAAAACUGAAAAACAGACAACUAAUUACAUUACAACAUGACCAGAGAAAAGUUACUUUCUUGUUCCCAUCUCCCCUCUCCUGUCUAGAUGAAAUUAUAGCUAUUAUCCCAUACAAUCAGUUACACAGAAUUUGGACAGACUCAGUUCAGCUAAAUAGACAAAUCACUUCCCUCCUAUAACCAGCUUUCCUGUAUUGACAAUGAAACCUCCUCUGUGACGUGUGAAAAUGUAUAUGACUAUUCAUUAAAAAAGGUAUUUUAUGUUAUACAGGGAUGUUUUAUGAAAA